AUGUCCGCGAGAGGAAAGGAUGACGCAUCGUUGAACACCGUAAUCGCUGCCCACUUUGCACGCCCACGUGUUUAUGCAGAAAUCGAAUUUCCCGGUGGGUUAAAAAAGGCACCGCUCCAUCGGCCGUUCCCUCGUGGACAAAUCAGAGUGGAAAGCUCAGCGUUGCAGUUGGUGUAUCCGCUGGAUUCUCGUCCGGUGCAGUUAAUCUUCCGGGGGUUGCAGGUGGUCAAGGAGAAACGGUCUCUCCUAAGAGAUGUCUCGGGCAUUGUUAAACCCGGUCAACUUUUGGCCGUCAUGGGCCCCUCAGGUUGCGGCAAAACGACACUGUUGAAUUGCCUGUCCGGCCGAGUGGGCGUCGACGGGGGUGAAAUCUGGUUGAAUCGCGAAAGACUGACAAAAAGAUGGCGCAGAAGAAUCUGCUACGUUCAGCAACAGGACGUUUUCUUUCCCGAUCUCACGCUGCGCCAGACUCUCGAGUACCAGGCGAGGCUCAGGCUUCCGGACACGUUCUCGCACUCACAGAAGAUGCAGUGCGUGGAUCACAUCAUCGAGGUCCUCGACCUCUCCAGCUGCCAAGAUACCAUUAUCGGAGAUUACACGAAACGGGGACUGUCUGGCGGUGAAAAGAAGAGGACUAGCAUAGCCUGCGAGUUGCUCACCAAUCCAUCGCUGAUGUUGCUGGACGAACCAACGAGCGGGCUGGACUCGCACUCGGCACAGGCGUUAAUUUCACGGCUGAAGAAGUACGCGGAACAAGAAGGCAAGAGCAUCGUAGUGACGGUGCAUCAACCCAGUUCCAGGAUGUUUCACAGUUUCAGUAAGCUUCUUCUGUUGAGCCGGGGCCAGGUGGCAUAUUACGGCUCGACCUCGAAUGUCGGCAGGUUUUUCUCCACGAUAGGACUCACCUUGCUGCCGCAUUAUAACCCUGCAGACUUUAUAUUGGAACAAAUAAAGGGUCCAGAGGAGGUUCGGGAGCGUAUCGUAGCCGCCGCGAGGAACGCGAGACAGGGACCUGACUGCCCGCCGGAACUUCGUCCGGAAUAUAAUCCCAGCCAACAUCCGCUCUGCGACCAUCUCAUCCAUUAUCAUGAACAUCACAUCAGCCACAACGUGAAAGAAGACGAAGGUCGUACAUUGUGGCUGGACACACAAAGCCAUGCCAGCAGCAGUGCCAGUUCGGCGGACGAGGACUAUUCCUGGCAGUGGCCCACCAGUUUCUGGUCGCAAUUCAAAGUAUUAUCAGAAAGAAACUUUCAAGAGGCACGGCCGCGGAUGCUGUCCCGUCUGAAUUGGCUGCAAACGAUAGCCUUAGGUUUACUCGCUGGACUGCUGUGGCUGAGGCUUCCCAGAACCGAAGCAGCUCUUCACGACAUUCAAGGCUGGAUGUUCUUCAGCACCACGUAUUGGAUGCUGUUCGCACACUUCAGCGCACUCUCCAGUUUUCCUCCAGAACGCGAGGUUAUCAACAAGGAGCGAUUGUCAGGGUCGUAUCGGCUCUCGGCCUAUUACCUGGCGAAAAUGGUCGGCGAGUUGCCGCUUACGAUAACACUGCCUGCAGUUUACCAUAUCAUUAGUUACCCCAUGUUGGGCUUCCACAGUCCGGCUGUUUUCGUCACCCUGUUGGCGUUCCUGCUGCUCAACACCAUUGUUGCACAGAGCGUGGGCUUCUUCGUUGGUGCCUGCUGUUUGGACCUACAGGUGAGCAUAACCGCUUCGGCGCUCUACACGCUCGCGACGCAAUUGCUGGGCGGGUAUUUAGCGACCGCGGUUCCACCGUGGUUAGCGUGGGCCAGAUACACCAGCAUGGUGCAUUACGCCUACCAGAACAUGCAGAUCCUGGAAUUCGGCGUCGGCGAGCCGAUCACAUGCUCACAACCAAGUAAAUUCCCCGAAUGCAGAAACGCGACGACGAUACCCGUGUCCGCGAUUCUGGAGAGCCAAAAUGGCGCCAGGGGUUCUGGUCUUCCACUGUGGGCGAACACGGCCGUUCUCCUGGCGUUUCUCGUGAUUUUCCGCACGUUGGGCUACCUGGUGUUGCGUUAUUACCGCGUGCCCAAGUGAACCACCGCCAGGUAUCGGAUCAUCAUCGUCAUGGACUGUAUCGGCUGAUCGAUGGAUCGACGGACAUCGAGUUCACCGCAUCGUCGUGCUAACGGAAACGUCGUCGAACGCUUCCUUGACCCUUCGUUUCGAGACGGGGACGACGCAGAAGCAGAAAUCGCGCCGUGAAAGCUUUAUUUUUCCAGGGGAUGUUCCGCUUGGAACGAGACUACCGGAAAUGGGGAUGAAAAGACGACUCUUACAACCUUGAAACGUUGACCAAUAGCUCAUCUCAAUCCUGACGAAGGAACAUGAUAUGGUACACGCUGAUACGUUUGACUAAAGUUUAAGAAAUGUUUCUUCGUUUGAAAUUGUGUGAAAAUAACUUCGCUAAUUUAGAAAAUUUAUAAAGUUAUGGGUGACCAUUUCUGUUAGAUUUAUGUAAAAAGAUAUUCACUCGAGAAUUUUUCGAUAGACUUAAGUCACCCUAUCUGAGAAUAGAAAUCUUUAUUUUGAAUGAAUUAUCUACGUGAGUAGAAAGAGGAGUCGUGAGCAAUUGGGGGUCUUUUCAUAUCCAAGUUCCGGAGACCGCUAUUUUUAAUUACCGAACGAUUAGCAGAUAUUUUUCUUAACUGUACACGCAUCUCUCAUACUAGUACAUGUACAUAUAACAUACCUCAGAUAGAACAGGGAAAAAUCGACCUAACUCAAACGAAGGGUUAAACAGGAAGUUUCAUUUUUGUAUUUGAAUGUUCGCCGGAACCCGCGUGAUGUUCACGGUUCGAGGAGCGAACGCGUCAUCGAUAGACUUUGGCGAAGACUAUACAUACUAUUAAGAUUGUAUCGAGUAGAGACUUUAUAUAUACAAUGUAUCAACGCUAAAAACGAAGUACGAGAGAAUGAAUCGGACGAUUGUGGAACUUUUGUUUUAAUUUCUUGCGGCAACAAGGGUAUAAUAGUAGCGAGAGCGAAAAAAAAGGAUCGGAUGAAUGAGACGCGAAUGAAUGAUGCCACGAAGUAUGAGAGCGUUAGAGGGACUGAGUCUUUUUCUUUUUGCAAAAAUCGAUGCGGCGUCGGGACGCCGCGAAACCGACUGAAAAACAAAACAAACACAUUUGUACCGACGACGAAACAUUUCUUACGCGCGAAAAACACAAAGAAAAACACAGAGAAAAUGGAAAAAAAAUGAAAAAAAAAAA